AUGAACGACUCAUGGCUCUAUAGCAGGGAUGAUGCACUUCUAGUGGAGGAAGGAAAAUUGGUUGGCAUUGACCAGCCCAAACAACAUCUGAUAUCUAAGCUUCUCGAGAGGCACGAUCACCAACUCAAAGUUGUUUCAGUGGUUGGAAUGGGAGGACUCGGCAAAACUACCCUAGUCAAAAAGGUCCAUGAAGAUCCAGAUGUUAGAAAGAAUUUCUCAGUUCGUGCCUGGGUAACCGUCUCUCAAACAUGCGACUUUCCAAAGCUCCUGAGAGACUUGAUUUGGCAGUUAUACGAGGAAGGGAAGAAACCAGUCCCACAAUCGAUCGAGCCCAUGACUACCGCUGAGCUGAAAAAAAUUGUCAAAGAUUUUCUUCAACAAGCUGGAAGGUAUGCAAUUGUGUUCGAUGACAUGUGGGACGUGGAAUUUUGGAAUGAAAUCAAAUUUGCACUGCCUGAGGGUAACUACGGCAAUCGUGUCAUGCUGACAACACGAAAAGCCGAUGUAGCCUCUGCCUCUUGCACAGAAUCCCAGGGUUAUGUCUACAGAAUGGGGCCACUAUCUACUGAGGAUUCGUGGACCCUAUUUUGUAACAAGAUCUUUAAAGGUAAUCGUUGCCCAACCUACCUGAUGGAUGUUGCAAAAGCUGUAUUGGACAAAUGUGAUGGUUUGCCUUUGGCGAUUCUUGCGAUCGGUGGGCUCUUGGCUUCGAAGGACGUGAGCAGAGUAGAUGAAUGGGAGAUCAUUCAACACAGUCUUGGUGGUGAAUUAGAAGGUACCGGUAAGUUAGAGAGAGUUAAAAGGAUACUUUCUCUGAGUUACAACGAUCUGCCUUCGCAUCUCAAACCCUGUCUGUUGUAUUUAAGCAUUUAUCCGGAGGAUUGUCGAAUACAUUGUAGAGCACUGAUUCAAUUAUGGAUUGCUGAAAGAUUUAUAGAAUGGAGAGGAGGAAUGUGUAUUGAAGAUGUAGCGUGGGGUUAUCUCAGUGAACUCGUCAAUAGAAGCCUAAUUCAAGUAACUGAAGUGUUUUACGAAGGAUCGCCCCUCACGUGUCGAAUCCAUGACUUAAUGAGAGAAGUUAUUCUCAUCAAGUCAAGGGAACAAAACAUGGUCACAGUUACUAUUGGACAACCAAUGACGUGGCCAUCUGAGAAGGUACGCCGUCUAGCAAUCCAUAGUAGUAGUAACAGUAGCAACAUCCAAUACCACCAACAAAGACAAUAUUUUUCCUUUGAACACCUUCGAUCAUUCAUCACAGUUAGUUCCACCAACCCAUUACUAUCCAAAACUUUCUUAUGCGAAGUUCUAAGGAGUAGCAAGUUGCUAAAGGUUUUGGAAUUGGGAGGUCAAGAGAUAGAGGAAACACCAAAUGAGGUUUUCAACUUGUUGCAUCUCACAUACCUGAGCCUAUGUGAUACAAAAGUGGAAAGAGUCCCGAAAGCUAUUGGAAAGCUUCAACACUUGGAAUAUCUGAAUUUGGGGAACACUGGAGUUAGGGAAUUACCCGUGGAAAUCCUAAAGCUGCAAAAGCUUCGGCAUCUCAUAGUAUUCCAACGAGUUGAUCCCUCAAGUGCUGAUUAUGGAUUUCAUGGGUUUAAAGUUCCAUCAAAAUUGGGAGGGCUUCUCUCACUACAAACAUUAAGCACCAUAGAUGCAAGCAGCGGAUCUGUAAUAGUUAAAGAGAUAGGAAAAUUGACCCAAUUAAGAGAGUUAUGUAUUACACAGUUGAGAAGAGAGGAUGGAAAGGAGCUCUGCUCCUCCCUUGUCAACCUCACCAGCCUUCGGCAAUUAAGCAUUGCUUCAAUUGGAAAAGGUGAUGAUUAUGAGAUAAUAGAUCUAAAUCAUCAUCAACAUUCUCUUUCUUCUUCUUCUUCUUGUUCGUUUCUUCAAUCUCUUCGUGUGCUAAUUAUGCGUGGCCGCUUAGAAAAGAUGCCAAUAUGGAUAACUCAUCUUCAAAACUUGGUAAAAUUAGAUUUGAUCUGGAGCGGGUUAAGGGCUGAGGAGGAUCCGCUUGAAUCCCUCCAACAUUUGCCCAAUUUGGGUGAAAUUACUUUCUGUGGAUCUUACCAGGAAGAAAGGUUAUCCUUCAAGGCUGGAGGGUUCCUAAAGCUGAAACGGUUGUGGUUAAGGAGAAUGGAAGGGUUGAGAUGGAUGACAGUGGAGGAGGGUACGUGCUCAAAUCUCCAAAAACUAGUUCUGGAGCAACUUCCAUUACUAGAGGACUUGCCUUCGGGAAUUCAGCACUUGAGCCAUCUUCAAGAGCUGCAUUUGUAUGAAUUGAGUUCUCGACUGAUGGAAAAGGUCAAGAAUCAGGAGGAAGACAGUGAAGAUUACAGAAGAAUGACACACAUUCCUGAAAUUGUCAUUGGUUCCGAUACAGAUGAUGGUGGAUGGAGAAUCUGCCGGCUAUGGGGGAAGCAGAAGAAAACAUUCCUUGCCUAG